CUGACAAAAUGAGUCUGUGCUCAUUCUAGAACAUACCUUAAGCACAGGAAAACAAAGGAGUCAAAGAAAAUACUCACCUAUCAUUCCAAAAUUCAGACACAACAAGGUCUCUCAUUUCACCGCAUUGUUAGAUAAGAUGUGAGACUCAGAACUGGAGCGGGCCUUAAUGGGCAAAGGGCUGGAGCUGAGAAGGGCUAACAUGCUCAGAGAGCAGUGAGUGAGGAGCAGGAAGUGUGGACACGCUCAGGCUGAGCCAGCUAGGCUGGACACCACAUACCUUCUCUGUUUCAGCGCCUGUUGCCUGAAGUCCAGAUGGAGGAGAGUCGGCCUCGAGGCCAGCCAGGGACCCUAGCACAGCCCUUACCCCUCUGUCCUUCCUCUGCCCAGGUGCUGUUUGCCUUGAACCAGACACUGCUGCAGCAUGAGAGCGUGCGGGCUGGGAGCCUACAGGCGCCCUACACCACCGAGGACCUCAUCAAGCACUACAACUGUGGGGACCUCAACGCUGUCAUCUUCAACCAUGACACGUCCCAGCUGCCCAACUUUAUCAACACCACACUUCCGCCACACGAGCAGGUGACAGCCCAGGAAAUCGACAGCUACUUCCGCCAGGAGCUGAUCUACAAGAGGAAUGAGCGGAUGGGGAAGAGGGUCAUGGCCCUUCUUCAGGAGAAUGAAGACAAGAUCUGCUUCUUUGCCUUCGGAGCAGGUCACUUUCUGGGGAACAACACUGUCAUCGACGUGCUGCGGCAGGCAGGGCUGGAGGUGGAGCACACGCCAGCGGGGCAGGCCAUCCACAGGGUGCAUCGUCAGCUCAGAUGUAUGGGGAGAGUUGUGAAGAAGCCUCUGAAGGCUCUCAGCCUGAGUCUCCGAGUGCAUGCUGAGAUCCUGCCCAUAAGCCGGCGGGAAAGAGAAGCCCCUCACCCCUGGCUCAGCAUGGGUGUGCAGUGGAAGGACCAGCUACAUGCUGUCUUGGGUGCCAACCUUACCUUGCAAGCCACCUGCUCAGACACAAUUUCUGAAACCAUUUCCAACCUCAUCCCAGUGCCAGAUGUCUACAAAAGGAAGUCCGACUGA